AUAGGAAGCGGAGCUACAGCUGUGGUCCAGGCUGCCUACUGUGUGCCCAGGAAGGAGAAGGUCGCCAUCAAACGCAUCAAUCUGGAAAAAUGCCAGACCAGCAUGGAUGAGCUCCUGAAAGAGAUUCAGGCAAUGAGUCAGUGUCACCAUCCCAACAUUGUGUCGUAUUACACCUCGUUCGUGGUGAAGGAUGAGCUGUGGUUGGUCAUGAAGCUGCUUAGUGGUGGCUCUGUGUUGGACGUUAUAAAGCACAUCAUUUCAAAAGGGGAACACAAGAACGGUGUACUGGAUGAACCCAGUAUAGCUACUGUGCUGAAAGAGGUCCUUCAGGGUCUUGAGUACCUUCACAAAAAUGGACAGAUCCACAGGGAUCUCAAAGCUGGAAACAUCCUGCUGGGGGAGGACGGAUCAGUGCAAAUCGCAGAUUUCGGUGUAAGUGCCUUCUUAGCCACUGGUGGUGACAUGACUCGAAAUAAAGUGCGGAAGACGUUUGUGGGAACGCCAUGUUGGAUGGCUCCAGAAGUGAUGGAGCAGGUGAAAGGUUACGACUUCAAAGCAGACAUCUGGAGUUUUGGGAUCACAGCCAUCGAGCUGGCCACAGGCGCCGCUCCUUACCACAAAUACCCUCCUAUGAAGGUGUUGAUGUUGACCCUGCAGAAUGAUCCGCCUUGCCUUGAGACCGGAAUCACAGAUAAAGAGAUGUUGAAGAAAUAUGGGAAAUCCUUGAGGAAAAUGAUCUCGUUGUGUUUGCAGAAGGACCCAGAGAAAAGGCCAACAUCAUUAGAACUCCUAAAACAUAAAUUCUUCCAGAAAGCCAAGAAUAAUGAAUUUCUGCAGGAGAAAUUAUUACAGAGAGCACCUACAAUUACAGAGAGAGCGAGAAAGGUUCGGCGAGUUCCUGGCUCCAGUGGGAGACUCCAUAAAACAGAAGAUGGAGAAUGGGAAUGGAGCGAUGAUGAACUGGAUGAGGAGAGCGAGGAGGGCAAAGCUGCUGUUGCUGCCUUGCGGGAGCAGCAGUCCAAGUCGACAAGGCGACAAGUCCGUUUCUCUCAUCCUCUUGAGCUGCCCCCACCCAGGUCACCGAGAGUAAAAGAAGGACUCCAGAACACAGAGAUAUUCCAGCCUUUCAGCAGUCACCUCCAGCCUGAACUACCUCAAGCUGCUGGCCAGGGCCCGGCCAACCCUCAACACACUGGCCCAAGUACAACCCCGACCCCGGCUGCGAACCCUGCACAGGCCCCGGUUUCUGGAGGCAAUGCCUCACCAUCCCCCAUCAGUUUAGUAUUAAGGUUAAGAAACUUAAAAAAGGAACUGAAUGACAUACGAUUUGAGUUCAUGCCUGGCAGAGACACAGCAGAUGGGGUUUCUCAGGAGCUGGUAUCGGCUGGCUUGGUAGAUGGGAGAGAUUUAGUUAUAGUGGCUGCUAAUUUGCAGAAGAUAGUCGAAGAGCCUCAUUCCAAUAAAAAUGUCACAUUUAGACUGGCCUCUGGCGUUGAGGGCUCGGAGAUUCCUGAUGAUGUCAAACUCUUGGGAUUUGCUCAGCUCAACAUUAGCUAAACUUUGGCUCUGUGCAGGAAGCCUGACUUGCCUACAAAUGUGAAAGCAAACCAACACUACCGACCGAAUGACACAUUGAUGUAUUUUUUUCCUCUUUCAAUUGCCCUAAAGAAACCACUGUUGCCAAAGAGAAAGAUUCCAUAGCGCCAGCCCAUAGGAUUUCAAACAGCCCAACAGAAGAGUUGCACGAACAUGAGAAUGAGCAGAAUUUGUAGGAAUAUAUUAAAAUAAAGUUGAUGAUUUAGGAUGCAAUCAUUAAAACCAGAUAUAACCUUAAUAUUCUUUUAAUAAUUUUAUUUAAUGUUUUUCCUAGUUUUGUGCAAUCUGACAAACUAAAAAAGAACACUGCAAAAAUGCCUUCAAUGUUAUAUUAAGUCAAACUCAAAGAAGCAUGGAGUUUAUAGAGGAAGCAAAUAGGUUUAGCUAUAAUUCUAGCUUUAUUUUUUAACCUGUAAUUUCUAUUGUUUUGGAGAGAAGCAACUAAUCAUGUUUUGUUACACAGUUUGCAUUAUUUACUUCAGUUUAAACCAGCUUAAUGAACAUUUACGGGAUCUGGUUUUGAUAUUUCCACUUCUGGUUGUUGUACAAAUUUUACUUUUCUCUGCUGUUAUACUCAAGAGCUUGAUUUCUUCAUUGUACGCUGACUAAUAUCAAUACAAA